UACAGAUAACCUACCGGAUUGGAGUUUGACGGUGUGCUCCUAGUUGGUUAGGCAGAACCCGCGUCGUCAUCGUCGUCGUGCUGGCCUGAUUUACACGUCCAUUUACCGACAGUGGACUCACCUUUUCUAACCCCCCGACGUCUUGCCGUAUCUAGCACAAGCAUACAUCCUUCCAGAGCGAAAGAAAUGGCGGACUCGACCCCGUCACACCUUGACCCUUCCGCCCUCGGCACAAAAGAAUACUGGGACUCGCUGUACGAGAAGGAGCUAUCCAACCACGCCGAGAACCCGCGCGACGAGGGGACCGUCUGGUUCGACGACUCGGACGCCGAGGCCAAGAUGGUCGCGUACCUGGACGAGCACGCCGAGGCGGACCACGCGCUCGACCGCGCCGCCGCCGCCGUCCUCGACCUCGGCUGCGGCAACGGCAGCCUGCUCUUCGCCCUCCGCGAGGACGGCUGGCGCGGCCGCCUGCUCGGCGUCGACUACAGCGAGAGGAGCGUCGAGCUGGCCAGGCGGGUCGGCGUCUCGAGGCGGAGGGCCGCCCGCCGCGGCGGCGGCGGCGACAACCUCGACAUUGCGGUUGAGGAGGAGGCGAGAGCAGAAGAAGAGGGGAAGAAGGAGACCGGGAAGGAAGAGGAGGACAAAGUCAACGACGAGGAGGAGGAGGACGACGACGACGAUACAGAAAGAGAGGUGGAGUUCAAGGUGUGGGACGUCCUCAAUGGAUCGCUCGCCGACGUCCGGGCUGCACCACCAACGGCCACGACGGCGGCGCAGGGAAGCGAGCAGGGCCAAGGGUGGGAUCUGGUCCUCGACAAGGGCACCUUCGACGCCGUCUCGCUCAGCGGCGAGCGGGAUGACAAGGGGCGGCGGGUCUGCGAGGGCUACGGCGAGCGCGUGCUCCAGCUUCUGCGGACGGGCGGGAUAUUCCUCGUGACGAGCUGCAACUGGACCGAGAAGGAACUGCGCGACUGGUUCGAGACAAAGACACCGCCCACCGCGACGGGGGAGAGGCUGCGGCUGGCUGGGAGGAUACAGUAUCCGAGCUUCGAGUUUGCCGGUGUUCGGGGGCAAACGAUUAGUACUCUCUGCUUUGAGAAAACUGCGGCCUAGUAGAUUAUUAAUAGGUCCAAAGAAGCUCACGAGCACGGGUCAACAAGGACGACAGAC